AUGAGUCUACAUAACUCUAAACAAUACAUUUCCAGUAAAAGCCCUUUCAAAGGCCCAUUUCCACUUUCUUAGUUCCUUGAAGAAAGACAUUAAGAUAUAUAAGGAAACCAUUUAGUGUUUUAAAAUCACAAUAUCGAUGAAAUUGAUGAGCUCUACAUGGAUAUGUCAAAAAUAAGAUCUAUUGAUCUCUCAUCAAACAGACUCAAAUCUCUAAAAGGGAUUCAACAAUUUUAAGAUUUAAGAAACUUAAAUAUUUCAAAUAACUAAAUUUCAGAUGUAAGCGAACUUUUCUAUCUUAAAGAGUUGCAGAAUUUAUAGAUCCUAAAUUUGAAUAACAAUCCAGUUGUUUAAUAAUAAAACUACAAACUCACUUUAAUGACUAUUCUACCUAAAUUAUAGGUUUUAGAUAGUAAAAAAUUAUCUUAGACAGAUGUAGAAGAAAAUACAAGAUAAGUCAAGUUUAUGAACAACUAACUGAAUUUACUUUAUGAGAAUUAUUUGAAAAUAGUGGAAUUACAAUCUAUAAUUUAAAGAUUGCUGACACAUAAAGAAUAUAUAUUCACCUUUGAACCUAAUGUUAUGAAUCCACCAUUUAAUUUGUAGAAAUUUAGGAAAAUUUUUAGCUAUGGAGAUACUAUAGAUGAAAAAGCUUAAUAAGAAAUCAAAACAAAUUUAUUAGCUGACGUUUAAACAAUUUAAAAUGAAAUAUUGAAAACUUAAAAAAUAGAAGAAGCAUUUGCAGAAAUGGAAAGGAGAUAGAUUGAUAAAAUCUAGUAAUUAGAGAAUACUGUGCUAUAAAAAGUUAAAGAGUACAAAUACAACUGUCUCGAUAUUGAGAUUUUCCAUAAGCUGAAUAAAAAUAAUACCAAAAUACAGAACUUAAAAAAAUUUAUAAACUUUACAAGAUAAGAGUAGAAAUAAGAAGUAGUUGUAGUAGGUAAUAAAGGGAAAAUAUAAAGAAAUAGAAAAGAUCAAUAAAAUAUUUAUGUUGAAGAUAGCUAAAGUAGUUAGUCUUAAUAGAAUAAAAACGAAUAAGGUUAAAUUUAAUAAGAUUUUUAAACAGAUGAAAGCUUAAGAGGAUCUUUUUAAAAUUAAACUUUUACUGAAAGAGACCUGAAAAGAUUAGCGAACAUAAAUAGGGAUAAAUCUGAUUCAAAUAUGAGUGAAAUGAAUGUCAGAAAUAUGUCAGAGGAGGAAAAAGAACUUCUUAUAGAGAAAUUAGCUGGUUCUUUGAAAAAAUAUAUAGGAAAAUCAAAAGAAUUUGAGAAAUAGUAUGAAAAGGCUUUACUGCAAUCUUCUAAUGAUCAAGAAAUGCUCAGAAAAAAAGAAGAAGAGUUAAAUUGUAUUAUGGAAUUACAACAAUAAAUCAAGCAAAAACUUGAAGAUUACGGAGUGCAAAAUAUAGAUGAGUGCUUUUAAACUCUUUAAACAUAGUUGGAAUAAAUCAAAGAACUCAGAUAACUACUUGAAUAGCAAUAAAUUGAAGAGGAAAACACACUAAAAGCAGAUUACUUUUCUAAUCAAAGAUUAAUGCAAAGAUCUUUAGGAUAAUUGUAUUUCUAAACAAAAAAAAAUAAAAUGGUGAAAACUGUUGUUGAAAAGAGCAAUAAAUACAGAAAUCUAAAAAUUCUAAAAUUAUAUCUCAGUCAUUGGAAAUAAUACCAUGUUUUUUCAAAAAUAAGAAAAACAAAAUAAGAAGACUUGCUUUAGAGAGUUUAUGUUGGCUGUUUUUUUGCUUUAAAGUUUAAUGUAAAUAGGAAAAAAGCAUUAAAAUAAUUCUAAGAAAAAUUCGAAAAAGGAUUAGCAGAAAAAGCAUUUAGGAGUUUGUUUAUAUUUUUAGUUUCUAAAAAAAGAGAGAAGCAGGAUGAAAUUGCUGCAGAUGAGAAAUACUCUUUUCUACUUUUGAAGAAAGGUUUCCAAUCACUCUUUUAUAAUCAUCUGCAACAUUCAAAUAGGAGAGAUCCAUUAUAUGAAUAAAAAAUGUAAAUUGCAGAGGACUCUAACAUUAAAUAAAUUUAAAUCAAAGUUCUUUCUCGUUUUCGAGAUGCAUGUGAAAAUUAAAAGUACAAUAAAAAGAAAGUUAUAGCCAUGACUUAAAGAAUACAAUGGGCAAUGCUUAAGUAUAAUUUUAGAGAGUUUAAGCUUGAAGAUAUCAGAAUGAAGAAAUUAACUAGCAGAGCAGACAAGUUUUUAGGAAGAAGAUAAAAGUAUUGGCUUAGGGAAGCAUUUAAUGCAUGGAAAGUUGAUUUUCAUAAUUAUUUAUAUGAAAAAUAAUAAGUAAACAUGCAAAUCUCAAAGUUUUAAUUGUAAAGUGUUUUUAAUACAUUUAAGAGAGGAUAUAAAAUGUCUUGUCAGCAAACUGCAAACAUAUAAAAUUAUUAGAGAAGAAAAGACUUGCUCUUAUACAGCCAAUAUUUUGCAAUAAUUAAAAAGUUUUCUAAAUAAUAAAUCAAAGUAAAGCAAUUUGCUAAAAAUUACAAUACCAAAAAACAGCAAUAAUCUUUAAAAUAAUCGCUUUAAUGCAUGAAAAUACAUACUUAACUGGUAAAAGAGAAAAAAAUACUUGACAAAAAAGUUAAAAAAAUAAUAUUCACAAAAGUUAUACAAAAUUUAAGGUAAGUUUAAAAUACCAAAGUCCUUUAAAAGUAAAAAUUGAAAAAUGUCUUCAAGAUCUAAAAUUCUUAAAAGAUAUUCUUAAUUAAAUAAGCCUUAAAAAAAUGGAACAAAGAAGCUAAUAGAGACAGAAAGCUUGAAAGUGCUUUGAAAUUCUAUUAAAAAAAUCAAUAUUAAAAACAAGGCUACUAAUUUAUAUCUAAUUUAUUACAAAAUGGGAAUAAACUGAAAAAGUAGCUGAACAAUCAGCUUGAUGAAAAAAACAUUCAACUAAUGAGGGAGAAUUAAUACCUAAAUGAAUAAUUAAUAGAAUAACAAAAGCAAAUCUAUUUAAUUAAUGAGGAAUAUUAAUAGCAGGUAGUUAAAUCAGAAUAACUUGCAAAAUAUAACCUAGAGAAAGAUGUUUUAAUUUAGCAAUUAAUCAAGUAAAAUAAUGAUCUCAAAGAGAUUAACAUCCAACUGACAGAAGUUGCUGAGAAAAGAGAAGAAAACAAUUAGAAUUUGGAGAGCAACUUAAACAUCAUCUAAGACGAAUACGAGUAGCAGAUUAGAAACUUAAAGAAUGUCUAAAUCUAAUUCGAUAAAGAAAGAGAUCUGCUAAAUAGCAAUAUCUAAAAUUUAAAUAUUGAGCUCAAUGCAAAAAUAGAAGAAAUAAGUGAGUUUAAAAGCAUAACAGCAGCAAAGAAUGAAGAUUUUUACUAAGAAAUAACCCAACUAAAGAACAAAAUUUUAGCUUAAGAUAAAAUAAUUGCAGAAUACGAAGAGAUGACAAAAAGCUUGUCAAAUACAAACAAAGAAGUAGAGAGCUUAAACAUUCAUCUGAAUGUAAGGGUAGAGUCUUUGCAAGAAAGAAUUUCAAAUUUGCAAAAAGAAUCAGCUAUGCAAGUUUCUUCACUUGAGAAGUAGUUAGAAUUUGCUAACAGAGAGAGAUCAAACUUGAUUGCACAAAACACUUCUCUGAUGAAUUAAAAUAAAACUUUUUAAGCAGAAUUAAAUCAGCUAAAUCAAAACCUAAAAAAAGAGGAGUUUAAAGUCUCUCUUCUCAGAGAGUAAGAUUAUGACAAAACUUCGUAAUUUAUACAGUUGGCCAAAAAUAUUAAUUCACCUAGCAGAAAACAAGCAUCGUCUCCAUUAAGAUUUACUGGAAGACUAAAAACUCUUCCUGAAGAUUCUUUGAUAGAUGAAAGAGUUCUCAAUACAUCUCAUUCAAGAAUAAACACAUUAAUACAAUAAAAAACAGACAGAAAUUUAUUCACUUAACCAAUUACUUAGGAAAAUGGAAUUUAAAAUCCAAAUAACAAUUCUAUAUCAUAAUUUUUCUCCCAUAAGGUUCCCCAAAUGAAUCAAACUUAACAUAAUUCUAUAAAAAAAGAAGUCUCUCCUUUGAGGGAAUAUCUAACUGACAUGAAAUUCAGGGCCUCAGUGUUUAUAAAAACAAUUGACAUGGAUGAAAAAAAUAAAAAAAGCAUAAGAAACUCACCAUAAAAAGGCUGUAUUUCCCCUUAAAAGACCUCAUCACCACAGCUAUAUAAAAGCCAAAGAAAUUUAUAGAAUCAAUCACAAACAAGUGUGAUAAAAGAUGAAAUUCAAAGAAGAUUGAACAAUUUAGACUAUAAAUUUAAUGAGGAUAUCAAAAAAUUUUAAUCUUAGCAAUAGCAGUGA